AUGGCCAAAAGUGGCUUUGUGCCAGCAUGGAUGAAAAUUCAGAAUUCAGAUAAAACAAAUGGUAAUCAAAAAUUAACUAUCGAGCGAACAAAUAAUAAUAAUAAUAUUCGUCAGUCACAAACAUCAAAUCGAAGUGAAACAAGUUCAACAUCAUCAUCCCCGCCUACAGUAACAGGUCGGCAAAGGCAUCAUUCAUCGGAUAUAGUUGAUCAUACGACGACGCGACAUUCACCAUUCUAUUAUUAUAAAAUAAUCGGACAAUAUCGAAAUAAAUCUAAUGAACAACAAUCAUUGAACGGCUUCGAUGGACAAUCAGAAAGUUUCUUUUCAUUUUCUUCAGCUCACACACAAACACGAAGAUCAAACAGUCGAGAACGUUUAUCGAAUUCAUUAGCUAAAAAUUCUGAAUUCAAUGAUAAUGAAUCCUACAAUGGAUACCGUUCGAUAAAUAAUUCUCAACGUCGUUUACAUUCCAUAUCAUCCUAUUCAAAUGAUCGCCAACAAUCAACUAAUAAUCAUAAUUCAAUAAAUGGCAAUAGUUUAGUAGAUCGUUCAUCAAAUCAUUUUACUGAUGAUCGCGAAAAAAUCUAUGGAAACAAUGAACAAAAUUCAGACACGACAAUAAAAACGCAUGACAAUGAACAUAUUCAUCGUUCAAAUGGUUUUGAUCGUCUUGAACAAGAUUUUCCAUCAUUAAAUGGUCAACAAAAAAAUAAAUCAUCAUCUAAUGAUCAAUCUACAUCUGUAUGGAAAAAUGCUGCUACAAAAUUUCGUACUUCUCAUAAUGAACCCUUUAAAGUAUUAGAUCGUUCAUUAUCAAAUAAUUCAAAUCAUUCACGUUUAUUUGGUUCUAAUCGUAUAUUAUCACGUAAAGAUCGUUUAUUAAGUGCACCGAAUGGUUUAAACGGUACAUCCCCAUCCUUAUCAUUAUCAACAACAACAACAACAACAACAACAACAACAACAACACCACCAUCAGGAACAACUAAUCGUUCAGUCGCACUUGAACUUCAAACUAAUUGUAUAACGCAAACAAAAAAUUUAGAUAAACGCAGUGAUUUUUUUAAUUCAUUAAAAAAUGAUUCAACCAGUGAACGAAAUAAAAAUGGUAAUAAACGUCAAUACAGUGAAUCAAAAAAGACAAUAACUAAUUCAGAUAAAACUUAUAAAACAUCAAAAGCAACUGUACUUUUAUUAUCCGUACCAGAAACACCAGAAGAAAAAGAAUUAUUAAUGCAGAUGGGCUGGAAAGAAUAUGAUGAAAUAACAUACGAAAUUACGGAUAAAGAUAAAGAAGAAUAUGAAAAACGAAUUACACGUUUGCCAAAAGCGGAUAAUUCAUCAGCAGCAUUAAUAUCAGCAUUAAAUCGUCGUGCACUACCAUGUAUAGAUAUCCGAGAUCUUCUUCGACUUGAAAUGAUUCGUUCAACAUCAGAUGAUGAUAGUUCAGACGAAUAA